AUGGCUCUCAACAACGUGGAAAAGAACCUCUCGCUGUCGGGGCUGGAUGCCGCCUCGCCGGCAGCCCAGUUCCGCAAGUGGUACGCCGAGGCCAAGGCGAACGAGUCCAUCAGCAUGCCCGAGACGUGCACGCUCUCGACGUCGGAGCUCCCCUCGGGCCGCGUCUCGUCGCGCAUCGUCUACAUGAAGGAGCUCGACACCAACGACGGCUUCGUCCUCAUCUCCAACUUUGGCACCUCGCGCAAGGGCAGCGACCUCGCGUCGAACCCGCACGCCGCCCUCGUCUUCCACUGGCCCGCCCUGCAGCGGCAGGUGCGCGUCGAGGGCGUCACGGAGCGCCUGUCGAAGGAGCAGAACCAGGCCGACUUUGACGUGCGCGCGCGCGACGGUCAGAUGACGGCCUGGGCCAGCCGCCAGUCGCAGCCGCUGCAGCCGAGCGCCAAGGACGGCGACGACGGCCUGGCCCAACUGCGAGGCUGGCUGGCGGAGACGGAGAAGCGCUUCGACGGCCAGGACAAGGUGCCCGUGCCCGAGUUCUGGGGCGGCUUACGCAUCGUGCCCACGCGCGUCGAGUUUUGGGAGGGCAGGAAGGACAGGCUGCACGACCGCUUCGUCUACGAGAAGGACGGCGGCAAGGGUUGGAAGAUCAACCGGCUGAGUCCAUGA